CUUUCGCAUAAAUACGUGAGCUGGUUCCGCUUUGCCAGUAGAUCACGCGUCUACGUUUCAAUCUUGGUAGGAUCAUUGACAUCGUGUUGGAAAGCUUGAUUCGACCUGUACUAAAUUGUGUGUAAUAAAUAUUUGGUAGAAAAAUGCCUUCCAAGCUGCCAUCAGAAACUUCCCUGCUAGAGAUGCUGAACAAUCAUGGAGAAUGUUCCAGUGCUGUCGGUGUGACGCCCAAUUCCUCGGAUGAAGCUUCAGGGUUAAUCAUCAAUUUGUUAGGACCUGCCCACAUCUCGGGUCAGGAUUCUGCCAACCUAAUAUCAGAUGAUGAUAAGGAAAACGCAGGAGAUAAGAAAAGGAAGAAAGCUUCGACGGCCAAACACCCGGUCCGUAGAACUGAGCACAGCGCGUUAAGCCGAUGGAAAAGAGACACCAAUCAAACUUACCCGCUAGAGUAUAGUUGGACAUUUUGGAUCACCGAUCCUGAAAAAGACUGGCACAAGGCCCUGGAACGAAUUCAAAAUUUUUCAACCGUUCAUGGCUUCUGGCAGCUGUUCAACGUUCUGCUGGAACCCUCAGCAUUCCGUCAUUAUACUUAUAAUCUGUUUAAGAAAGGAAUAAGACCCGAAUGGGAGGACCCUGCAAAUAAAACGGGCGGAAAAUGGAGCGUCGGUCAAGCAUGGUCUGCGCCACGGGUUGAUGAAGUUUGGCUCGAUCUUUGUCUCAUCUGCAUCGGUGGAUAUGAGCUCGGAAAAUAUUCGUCGCACGUCAACGGAGUCUACGUAACAUGGAAACCUGAAGGGGCUCGCAUAUCUGUCUGGUUGAACACUAUUGACAAGGACACGGUUGUGCCAACGGGCCAAAUUAUACAGAAGUGCCUCCAGCUUAGCCUGAAAAAGAAACUGCCAAUGGAAUUCGCGUAUUUCAAAACCACACGCGGCAAGAACAGAGUUUUAUAUUCUCUGUAGAUGAAUGUAAUGGAAAUAUGUGGGCCUUUAAUCAUAAGAUUGGCCAAUGACAACAAAAACAAGUGGAUGAGGGCCCACAUAACAGGCACGGUUCCUUCCAAAUUCAAAUUGAGCUCUAUAUACUGCUGCACCUGGAAAGCGAAAUGGCUGAAUUUAUUUUAAAUAAAUUCAUUUCAUAAUUUUUUUAGCCA